CCGGUGAAACUGUUUUUUUUUUUAUGUCGCUGCGCUUUGAUCCAUCAGUCGGAGACGCCGACCAACUGUAGUGCGAUUGUUGAUGUGUGUGUUAAAAUCACGGCACUCGAUGGUAUCGGGGACGGGGAGGGGACUCCGUGACUUCUCCCGGCUGUGACACCCGUGUCUCUGCGUGGCUUAGUUGUGAAAAGAGACGGAAAGCGGGCGGCGGCGGUGGGGGGGGAGAGGGGGGUUUCCCGGGGACGCGGUUGAUAAACUGGGCGACUUGGCUGAAGUUGAGGAGGAUGCACGGCAGUCGUGGUCGUGACGUGGUGUCAUCACUCUUCCUUGCGUGGGGACGGGACACGGGAAAAGCGCGACCGUGCGAGCGGAGCUGAUUGUGUGUGUGUUGCGAGUCUGCCGGCCGGAUGGGAAAGCGACUCCUCAGUUUCCUGAGCUUCUGAAGGGGGUGAAGAGAUCUCGGUUCGGGGGGAAGAAAAUGGUGAACUGCGACGCCUCUGUAGUGGCCUCCGUUGGAUCAAUCAUGGGGGACGUGGGCGUGGAGCUGGCCCCAGCCCCAGCCCCGGGGGACCAGCUGCAGCCGAGCCCCGCCUCCUCCUCCUCCUCCUCCUCCUCCUCCUCCGAGGCCGGCAGCGAGAGCCCGCGGGGGGGCAGCCCGCCCCUGGACGUCAUCUCGGAGGGGCUGGGCGAGCUGGGCCUGCUCAUCGACCCCGAGGUGGCCAAGAAGGCGUGCCAGGAGGUCCUGCAGAAGGUCAAGCUGAUGCACGAGGGAGAGGAGCCCCAGCCGGGGACGGUGAAGAGCGCCCGGCGGAGGCAGAAGAACAACUCGUCCAAGCAGUCCUGGCUGCUGCGGCUCUUCGAGUCCAAGCUCUUCGACAUCUCCAUGGCCAUCUCCUACCUGUACAACUCCAAGGAGCCCGGCGUGCAGGCCUACAUCGGCAACCGCCUCUUCAGCUUCCGCAACGAGGAGGUGGACUUCUACCUGCCCCAGCUGCUCAACAUGUACAUCCACAUGGACGAGGACGUGGGCGACGCCAUCAAGCCCUACGUGGUCCACCGCUGCCGCCAGAGCAUCAACUUCUCCCUGCAGUGCGCCUGGCUGCUGGGCGCCUACUCCUCGGACAUGCACAUCUCCACGCAGCGCCACUCGCGGGGCACCAAGCUGCGCAAGGUCAUCCUCUCGGACGAGCUGAAGCCCGCCCAGCGCCGCCGCGAGCCGCCCGGCUGCCCCGCCCCGGCCUCCUCCUCCUCCUCUUCCUCCUCCGCCUCCUCCUCCUCCGCGGGGCCCCACGCGGAGCCCUGCCUCUCGCCCUCCAAGCGCACCCACCAGCGCUCCAAGUCGGACGCCAUGGUGGGCAUCAGCCUCAGCAGCAACCUCAAGCGGACGGCCAGCAACCCCAAAGUGGAGAGCAACCAGGACGAGGGAGUGGACUCCAGCACUGAGAGCAUUGACUCAGAGAUUGGUACACUCCCCCUGGAGUCCCUUUGGCGGUACUGCAUCCCCAUCCCUAUGAACACACCCGUGCGCCUGACCCCGCAGCGGGAGUUCAUCAAGUCCCUGAUGGGCAUCGGGAAGCGGCUGGCCACGCUGCCCACCAAGGAGCAGAAGACCCAGCGGCUGAUCUCCGAGCUCUCCCUGCUCAACCACAAGCUGCCCGCCCGCGUCUGGCUGCCCACCGCCGGCUUCGACCACCACGUGGUCCGGGUGCCCCACACGCAGGCCGUGGUGCUCAACUCCAAAGACAAGGCCCCGUACCUGAUCUACGCCGAGGUGCUGGAGUGCGAGAACUUCGAGACGUCCGGCGUUCCCGCCCGCAUCCCAGAGACCCGCAUCCGCAGCACGCGCUCGGUGGAGAACCUGCCCGACUGCGGCAUCACGCACGAGCAGCGCGCCAGCAGCUUCAGCACCGUGCCCAACUACGACAACGACGACGAGGCCUGGUCCGUGGACGACAUCGGGGAGCUGCAGGUCGAGCUCCCAGAGAUUCACACCAACAGCUGUGACAACAUCUCCCAGUUCUCCGUGGACAGCAUCACCAGCCAGGAGAGCAAGGAGCCGGUCUUCAUUGCGGCUGGAGACAUCAGGCGGCGCCUCUCCGAGCAGCUGGCGCACACUCCCACCACGUUCAAGAGAGACCCCGAGGACCCCUCGGCUGUGGCCCUCAAAGAGCCCUGGCAGGAGAAAGUGAGGCGGAUCAGAGAAGCCUCCCCGUAUGGCCACCUGCCCAACUGGCGCCUGCUGUCCGUCAUCGUGAAGUGUGGGGACGACCUGCGGCAGGAGCUGCUGGCCUUCCAGGUGCUGAAACAGCUGCAGUCGAUCUGGGAACAGGAGCGGGUGCCUCUGUGGAUCAAGCCCUACAAGAUCCUGGUGAUCUCGUCGGACAGCGGCAUGAUCGAGCCCGUGGUCAACGCCGUGUCCAUCCACCAGGUGAAGAAGCAGUCCCAGCUGUCCCUGCUCGACUACUUCCUGCAGGAGCACGGCAACUACACCACCGAGGCCUUCCUGACGGCGCAGAGGAACUUCGUGCAGAGCUGCGCGGGCUACUGCCUCAUCUGCUACCUGCUGCAGGUCAAGGACAGGCACAACGGCAACAUCCUGCUGGACUCCGAAGGCCACAUCAUUCACAUCGACUUUGGCUUCAUCCUGUCCAGCUCCCCGCGCAACCUGGGCUUCGAGACGUCCGCCUUCAAGCUGACCAGCGAGUUUGUGGAUGUGAUGGGUGGCCUCGAUGGAGACAUGUUCAACUAUUACAAGAUGCUGAUGCUACAGGGCCUGAUUGCCGCGAGAAAACACAUGGAGAAGGUCAUCCAGAUUGUGGAGAUCAUGCAGCAAGGCUCCCAGCUGCCCUGCUUCCAUGGCUCCAGCACCAUCCGCAACCUGAAGGAGCGCUUCCACAUGAACCUGACGGAGGAGCAGCUGCAGCUGCUGGUGGAGCAGAUGGUGGAUGGCUCCAUGCGCUCCAUCACCACCAAGCUGUACGACGGCUUCCAGUACCUCACCAACGGCAUCAUGUGAAAGCGGGGGCUCCCGGACUGCUGGGCAGGCGAAACAAAGACUGACGCCUCCUCCGGCCAUCACUGUCCUGUUGCCCAACACUAGCUCGGCCUCCUUGACCCCCUGACCUCUGACACCUGACCUCUGACCUCUGCCCCGACCUCUGCUCUUCCCCUAGCUCAGUGCUUCCUGUUUCUUCUCUCCUGGUCCCUGCACACGUGUGGGGCCCCUUGGUACGUCUCAGUGAGGUUCUCUCAGAGCUGCCUUGCACAAUCUGGGAUUUUAGGAUGCCAUUUGGCGACUGGGUUGUAGGCUGAGCAUGCCUUGUUUUUUUUCAGGUGUCCCUUUUUAUUUCCUAUAAACACCACUUAUCGCCCUCUCCCUGUAUCUCCACGCCCCCUGACCCCCACCCUCCCCCUGCCCCUCUCGUGUCCAGUGGCAGGACUCGGACUUGUGCAGAGCAGCGCCAGUGAUUCUGCUAUGGACUGUGUUAGCUGCUUGAUGAGGGACAGACCCCUCUCAGCCCUUUAUUCCUGAGCGGGUUGAGAUCUGUCAUUAGGAAGCUGGGUAGUGGUCGAAGCUGACCGUGUCUGGGCAGCUGAUCUAUGGUCUCGAUGCUUUAGGGAGCUCAGGUGCAGGUCUGACGUUGACAGACAGGAUAUCCCCAUCGAGAGCUGAAGGCUUCCUGGGGGGAUUCCAGCGUUCGGCCUCCUCCCUGUGGGAGCUCAGGCCGUCCAGUUUGUGGAACGGGCGGCGUCGAACAAAGUUUUCCGACCCAGCUGGGUCUGGUAGGGUGUCGAAGGGUACACAGGGGUCUGGCCCAGGCCGUCGGGCCGGGAGCCAGGUCAGAACUCUGCAGCCAGGCCUGCAGCGCAGAAUUCAGAACGCCCAAGGCGUAAUGAACUGCCUUGAUUUUGUUUUUGUCCCCUAAAAAGCUUUAACAAUGACUGCAAAUGAGGUAGAACUAAACUAAAAUAGAAAAAAUAAAUAGUUUUAAAAAUCAAACUUUUUAAGCUGUUAAAGUGAAAAUGUUCUUAGUUCUCCGGACCCUUUUCAGUGAACUCAGCUGCUAAAGACCUUUAGGGUUUUUGCUAUGCUGCUUUCUGUCUUGACUGUCACCAUGGAACAUGAUAUUUUGAGUUUUUGUGCAGUCCUGGUUUUUAAGGUUUGUUUGUUUUUACCCUGAAUCAUUGGAGUAUUUGUUGGGGGGGUAUCUGUACUGCAGAUUAUUUUUUUACCCUAGUAAGUUACAUUAGCUUGCACUGACUGAUUUAGGUAGCUUACUGGAUAUUCCAGUCAAUCUUCUGUUUUAAAACUCCACAAUUUCUAAUCUAGUCUCUCAGCCCUGGUCCUGGAAGAACACUGUGUUUAUUAGUUUUUUUUAUCAUCUGAAUUCUUGCUUGCAGGCUGAUUGAUUUCAUUUUCUUUUUUGGGGCAGAUUUGUAAAUUUGCUUUGUCCUCUUAAAGGAUCAAAUGGGAUCUGUCAUGGGUAUCAACCCUCCGAGCUCCAAAACUGCCCUUAUUCUGUUUUGUUGUGGAUAACCAACUGUCCGAUUCAGGGCCACUCCCGCAGUGGGCGUAUCUGAUUCCAGAUCACACGUCACCAUGGGCGUGUCUGAUUCAGGGCCACUCCCACAGUGGAUGUAUCUGAUUCCGGAUCACACGUCACUAUGCGCGUGUCCGAUUCAGGGCCACUCCCACAAUGGGCGUGUCUGAUUCCGGAUCAUGUUUCACUAUGGGCGUGUCCGAUUCAGGGCCACUCCCACUCGUGUCCUAUCAACUAAUAUGAAUUGAGUCAGAAGUUAUAGCUAGCAAUGGCAGAAGAGGUUGCAUGAAGUUCUGUUGGAAACAGUACCCUUGAAGUAGGGGAAUUUGGACUGAGGACUGAUUGAAGAAAGAGGCAGGCAGAUCAGUUCAGUGCUCAGUGCGCACUGGGGGUGUAGAGAAAUGGAACCCAGCAGACACAGGUGUUCCUGCAUGACCAGGGUUGUGAACUCCAGACACUGCGGCGAGAAGGCAGUUCCUGCUGGAAAGGCUGCCCUGUGGUUUUUUUUCCCUCCGAUGUUCGGAGCAGUGGAACGCGGCUCGUGCCCCGAACGUCCAGCCUCCUGCCUGCGUUGGGCGUCGGCGACGGGUUCGAGCUUCUGCUUGGCGAGGGGGUGAGAGGGGGGACUCUAGUCAGUGCAGCAGCAGUGGGCGAGU